AGUGCAGCAACAUAACGCAUCCAGCAGUCAUGUCAUUGAAGUGGCUCUUGUUCGUUGCCCUUGUGGCACUGCUCAGCAUUGGAACUGGCACCCUGGCCAAGCCUCGAAGGACCACCCUCCAGGCCAGACCCGGUCCGGAGCAGCUGAGUCGUCUGCAGCGCCUGAAUGCCAGGUAUUAUGCCGUUCAGGAGGACGACGAGGAUGGCGAUGACAUACUGGAGCACGAAGAGGAUCUAGCCAACGAUGGGGAUGGCGAAGAGGAGGAGGAUGGGGACGAAACCAGGGACGGUGAAGAGGAGGAUGAAGACGAGGAGACCAAGGCUGAAGAGGAGAAGAAAAAAGUGGAUUCGAAAAAGCUGACCGCCAACUCUACUCCCACCAAGACAAAGACCGAAGUGGCGGAAGAGGAGGAGCCCAACGAUGAACUCCAGGAUCUCGAGGGUGCCGAGGACGAGGCCGAGGAGGAACUGGAACAGGAAAUCGAACUGCCCCGUGCUGAGGCACGUAAUCGCCGGCGAGGUGGCAGGCGGAACGGAAGGGGCGGACGCAAGGGGCGUGGCCGCAAGAACCGCAGGCGGGGAAAUCGCCGGUGCGGCGGCAAGGGAAAGCGCGGUCGUCGCGGCCAACGCAGACGCUCCCCGUCAAAGCGCAGCGGCAACAAGCGGCGAACGGGCUCGAAGAGCAGACGCCAGGGCCAGAAGAACAAAGCAGCCGCCAGCAAGCCGACUUCAGCGCCAUCCACAAAGGUGGCCUAAAGCGCCAAACACUCCCCGAAUCUGAAUGCAGCUUUGCAACUCAUUUAAACAGCAGCCAAACUAAUAAAAAAUAAACAAAACCAACAUA